AUGGGAAAUACUCAGGGGAAACCGGUGUCUUGCAACGAUGCAGUCAACCUCAAUCAUUUCAGGCUCCUACGUGUCGUUGGAAAGGGCGCGUUUGGAAAAGUACGAAUUGUGGAAAGAAAGGACACAGGUCUCACAUUCGCCUUAAAAUAUAUCCGCAAAGAGGAAGUGGUCCGUUCGGAAAGCGUGCGGAAUAUAAUUCGUGAACGGCGAAUGCUGGAACACUUGAACCAUCCGUUCCUUUGCAAUUUGCGAUACAGUUUCCAGGACAUGGAGUACAUUUAUAUUGUGGUUGAUUUAAUGAAUGGCGGCGAUCUUCGAUUCCAUAUCUCUCGAAAAUGCUUCACAGAGGAUGCGGUGCGAUUUUGGAUGGCGGAGCUGGGCUGUGCUCUGAAGUAUAUCCAUUCGCAGGGUAUCAUUCAUCGCGAUUUAAAACCAGACAAUAUCCUGUUGGAUUCAGAUGGACAUGUUCACUUGGCUGAUUUUAACGUGGCAUCAGAUUACCGACCGGGGAAGCCUCUCACAAGCAAGUCAGGAACACUAGCCUAUCUAGCCCCGGAAGUCUAUGAAGGGAGUGGUUAUACCUUCGAGGUGGAUUGGUGGUCAUUAGGUGUCACCUUUUACGAGUGCAUCUACAAUAAGCGACCAUUUGAAGGCCGAAACCAAGAGACUUUGAGCGAGAACAUCAAAAAGGCACAGCCAAAAUAUUACGUCACCAAUCCUGCGGUAUCAGUAGCUUGUUUGCGGGCGUUAGGAUCAUUGAUACAAAAAGACCGGAGUCAACGAAUUGGCGCUAUCGGGUUUGAGACUUACACCUCACACAUGUUCUUCGCCGAAAUCGACUUCGAUGCCCUGGAGCGCAAACAGAUCCCGCCAGUAUUCCGACCAUCAAGCGACAAAACCAACUUUGAUGCGACUUAUGAUCUGGAGGAGCUGCUUCUUGAAGAAGCGCCCUUGGAGGCUAGAGCGCGCAGGCAAAAGCCGCGUGCAGAACUAAGGGACGAUGCCACUGCGAAAGAAAUUCGGGAUGAUGAGCUCCAUCGUCUCAUUGAAACGAUGUUCGAACCGUUUGAUUACACCCUCACUAGCUACCAAGGCAAUGCCGCGGAAGCUAUUGCUGCCGUAACGUGGGUUUCUCUCCCCAUCAGGGCCAUCCUCCUGCUAACAGUGUCUUUCAGAAACCCCGAGGAGUGCCUUCCAAUGGCGACAACAACCCAAGGGAACACCACACACCCAGCGAACCCAUCCGUACAUGCCCGCCAAAUCUCACAACCCGACCCUAAAAAUAUAUCUCCCAUCCAAGCCGACGGCCCGCCUCACCGUGUUCCACCAAAUGAAAACGUUACUACAGCCAGCGAGACUCUCGACCCCAACGACUCCGCGACUGGUCAGCCUUCCACUUCCCCUGCAAACGGCGUGUCGCCUUCACCGCCGCCUGCCCCGUCCUUUCACCGGGCUCCACCUCCCCACAAUCGACAACGCGGUGCCACCCGGCAAAUGAGUAAAAGCGGAGGCGUGCAAAUGGUUCUCAACGAAGCUGGCAGCUGGAGUGAGCUGGCCCAUAAUUCCGUCCCUGCCGAUGGAAUUGAGAGUGGUGAUGACAAGGGCAAGCAGGCUAAUGGCAUGCUGUCAUUCUUCAGUCGGAAGAAGGGUCGCGAUCGCAGCCCUAAGCCAACCGAGCCAGGCGUUCUGGGCAAAGAGGGAGCCCGACAGAUCAUCAGCUGA